AUGCCAGUAUGGAAACCGGAGGAGAAUCUCUAUCUCUCGGAUAUAAUCUUCCGCGGUUUCGUCUACUUUCUGCUGCUGUUGUACCUGUUCAUCGGCGUGUCGAUAAUCAGCGAUCGUUUCAUGGCGGCGAUCGAGGUGAUCACCUCGAAGGAGAAGGAGCUGGUGGUCCGCCGGCAGGGUAAGGAGCCGCAGAUCGUAGUGGUGCGAGUGUGGAACGAGACGGUGGCGAAUUUAACGCUGAUGGCGCUGGGCAGCAGCGCGCCGGAGAUCCUGCUGUCGAUCAUCGAGAUCUGGGCGAAGAACUUCCAGGCGGGCGAACUCGGGCCAGGAACGAUCGUCGGCUCGGCCGCGUACAACCUCUUCGUCAUCAUCGCGCUGUGCGUGUUCGUGAUACCGAACGGCGAGAACAGGAAGAUCAAGCAUCUGAGGGUGUUCUUCGUGACCGCGACGUGGAGCAUAUUCGCCUACGUAUGGCUGUACGUGAUACUGGAGGUCUCGAGCCCCGGCGAGCUCGAGGUCUGGGAAGGUAUACUCACGUUCUCCUUCUUCCCGGCCACGGUGCUCACCGCCUACGUGGCCGAUCGACGCCUGCUCAUCUACAAGUACCUGCACAAGGGCUACAGGAUGAACAAGAGAGGAGUGAUCGUGCAGGCGGAGGCCGGCGACUCGGACGGCGGGGUGGAGCUUGAGAUCAAGCCGCAGCAGGACAACUUCCACAGCAUGAGCGACGCCGACACGCCCGAGGCGAAGGAAUUCGAGCAGACCAGGAGGGACUACAUCAAAACUCUGCGGGAGCUGAGAAAGAAGCACCCGACCCUGCCGUUGGAGCAGCUGGAGGUGAUGGCCCACGAGGAGGUGCUCGGCAAGGGGCCGAAGAGCAGGGCGUUCUACAGGGUGCAGGCUACCAGGAAGAUGGUCGGCGCCGGCAAUCUCAGCAAGAAGAUCAGCGAGAGGGCGCAGAGCGACCUGAGCGAGGUGAAGGCCGAGCUGCAACGGCAGGAGGCUGAGAGCAUCGACAUCGAGAACGUGAACGCAAUGAGGAUCUUCUUCGAGCCUGGCCACUACACCGUCAUGGAGAACGUCGGCACGUUCGAGGUGGGAGUGACCAGGGCCGGCGGUGACCUAACCAAACCGUGCACCGUCGACUACUGCACCGAGGACGGCUCGGCCGAGGCUGGCUCCGACUACAUCAGCGCCAAGGGCACCCUCACCUUCGACCCCGGCGAGACCAAGAAGACCAUCAAGCUCUCCGUCAUCGACGACGAACUCUUCGAGGAGGACGAGCAUUUCUACGUCAGAUUGAGCAACGCGUCGCAGCCGGCCAUGCUGGUGUCGCCUAGUUUGGCGACUGUGAUGAUCCUCGACGACGAUCACAGUGGCGUGUUCGGCUUCCCCGAAAGGGACAUCGAGCUGGUGGAGAGCGUCGGCCAGUAUCCUCUGCGAAUUGUGAGAUACAGCGGCGCCAGGGGACGCGUGGUCGUCCCCUAUCGCACCAUCGAGGGGACGGCCAAGCCUGGAAAGCAAUUCAUGCACACCGAGGGCUCGCUCACCUUCGAGGACAAUCAGACC